UUCCCGCGCGCGCACACCACCUUCGGCGCGCCGGCUCGGGGCGUCGACCAUGGAGGGCGAGGCGCCGCAGGCGCACCAGCCGCCGCUGAACGGCGUCAGCCUCGACCUCCGCCUCGACACGAUGACGCACCACCACGGCACCUGGCGCCCGGCGUCCCUUUCUCCCGCGGACUACCAGCAGCAGCACGACGGCAAGGAGGCCUUGUCGUGCAACUACUGCCAGCGCAAGUUCUUGAGCUCGCAGGCGCUCGGCGGCCACCAGAACGCCCACAAGCUCGAGCGCACCCUCGCCAAGCGCGGCCGCGACGCUGACGCAGGCAAAAGCGCCGCCGCCACGCCUUCCUCGCCGGCCGACGCCCACAGCUGGCUCCACGGCGACGGUGAUCUUUGGGCUUACUCUGCUGCUUCACCCGCGGCGAGCAUGAGCAUGGGCAUGGGCAUGGGCGGCUGGGCUGGCACUCGCCGCACCACGACGGCCGGCGGGGAGGCCACGGCGGAGAUGGACUUGUCGCUCAAGCUGUGCCUCUGAGAACCAUGACGGACGGCGGGCAGGCCACGACGGAGUACAUUCCAGCGGCACUACGUGCAUGCGCCCAGCGUGUCAACAAGUACUGGUGAUGUUCUUAAUUAUUGCAAGCACAUGGCGAUUGGUUAAUUAUUGGAAUUAUAGCUACUACCUAGUGCAAUGGGUUGUUUUAGCUCAUCCAUCUAUACAAUAUAU